GGCCGCGACGCGGCGGAGGCGCUGCGCGACGGCGACGCCGCCGACUACGUGGUGGUGGGCGCCGGCGUCGCGGGGCCCGUCGUCGCCGCCCGCCUCGCCGAGCAGCCCGGCGUCUCCGUGCUGCUGCUGGAGGCGGGCCCCGAGGAGCCGACCAGCACGCAGGUGCCGUGCUUCGCGACGCACGCGGUGGGCACGUCGCUGGACUGGAACUUCACGACGACGCGGCAGGCGCACGCGUGCCUGUCGACGGGCGGCGUGUGCCGCUGGCCGCGGGGCAAGAUGGUGGCGGGCACAGGCGGCAUGCACGGCAUGAUGUACACGCGCGGCCACCGCGACUGCUACGACGCGUGGGCGCGCGCCGGCAACCCGGGAUGGGGCUACGACGACGUCCUGCCCUACUUCAAGAAGGCCGAGCGCAACCUCAACCCCGACCAGAUGGAGAUGGAGUUCCACGGCGCGGAGGGCGCGAUGCCGGUGCAGCAGUUCCCGCACCGGCCGGCCAUGGCGGAGGUGAUCGUGGCGGCGCUGCAGAGCCUGGGCUACCGGCGCGGAGACCUCAACGGCGCCAACCAGACGGGCGUCGACGUGGCGCAGAUGAUGGUGGAGGACGGCCUGCGCGCCUCCACGCCGCGCGUCUACCUGCGCCCGCUGCACAACAGCACCCGGCUGCGCGUCGCCAUACGCGCGCACGUCACCAGGGUGCUGAUCGACCCGGCGAGCCGGCGCGCGCUCGGCGUGCUGUACGUGGACGGCGCGGGCGCCACGAAGCGGGCGCUGGCGCGGCGGGAGGUCAUCCUGAGCGCGGGCGCCAUCGGCUCCCCGCAGCUGCUGCUGCUGUCCGGCGUGGGGCCCAGCGAACACCUCACCGCCCUCGGCAUCAAGACGGUGCGCGACCUGCCCGUGGGGGAGAACCUGCACAACCACGUGUCGGCCGGCCUGGGGUUCUGGGUUCGGUCCCCGGGGCCCGGCCGGCGCGCCCUCAACGCCGACACGCUGGACGCCUUCCUGCGCACGCGUGACGGGCCCAUGGCCAGCACGGGGCUGACGCAGACCACCGCCUUCGUGCUCUCACAGUACGCCAAGGACGGCGUGCCUGACCUGCAGAUAUUCUUCGACGGCUUCUCGGCGCGGUGCUCGCGCACGGGCGAGGCCGGCGAGUGCGAGUCGGACGCGUGCGGGCCGGCCUACGUGUACGCGCGGCCCACGGCGGUGCGCGUGCAGAGCCGCGGCCGGCUGCGGCUGCGCAGCGCCGACCCGCGCGACCCGCCGCUGCUCGACCCGCGCUACCUGUCGCGGGCGCGCGACCUCGACGUGCUGGUGGACGGGCUGCGGCUGGUGGCGCGCGCCGCCCGCACCCCGCCCAUGCGCGCCUGGGGCGUCGCCGUCGACGACGCGCCGCGGCCCGGCUGCCGCCACCUGCCCUUCGCCUCCGACGAGUACUGGCGCUGCGUCGUGCGCGUCCACACCGGGCCCGAGAACCACCAGGCCGGCACGUGCAAGAUGGGCCCCUCGUGGGACUACACGGCCGUGGUGGACGCCCGGCUGCGCGUGCACGGCGUGCAGGCGCUGCGCGUCGUCGACGCCUCCGUCUUCCCGGAGGUGCCCAACGGCAACCCCGUGGCGCCCAUCAUCAUGGUGGCCGAGAAGGCGGCCGACAUGAUCAAGGAGGACUGGCGGCGCGCGCACCACCGCUAGGCCCACUGCUUCUGCCGCCGCCGCCACCAUCACUGCCGUCAUCACUGGGGUCGUCGGACUCGCGGCCAUCACCAUCACCGCCGCCCUCCCCACAUCCCGCCGGCACCGUCGCUUCUCGACACUUCAGAUGACGUCCUCGUGGUGUUGCCAACCACGCCGCAGUCAUCGUCGCAAACAGCACGACUCAUCUCAUCGUUACGAUGAAUAUUACUCAUUCAAGUCCCGUCACUACUUGGAAAAUAGAGGGGCAGCCUGUUUUACGGUUUAACGUUUACUCACUCUACUACCUUGCUAUUGGCCGUAUGGGUACGGGAGUCGUUGGUGUAUCUAUUUUUAUUCUUCGAUACAGAACAGGUUUCGUGAUCAAACGGUGCUCCCUAUUCUGCUUCCACAAUGUGUUCUCCUUUUUCCAAUCUCUCGAAGUCUACCGUGACAGAAGCCACAACUUCGCCCAAUCAGAUCUCCCAGCACUCACUACCCUUUUGUAUUUCCCUUAUCAGCUGAUAUUUUUUUACAAUUUUCAGCACAACUGCAAUGUUAUUCUAAAUUUUAUAUAAAUUAAUUUUUCUAGGAAGGCAGGAAUUUGGGGGAGAGGGAGAGAUUUCCGUUUCAGACAAACACUAUGGAGUACCGAGCUAUCUUCAUGUACAAGAGACGAUUUCUGAUCUUACUAUAGUUGCACAAUACCAAAUAAUCAAAGUUGUUGCAAAAAUUAAAGACUUAAGUACAACGCAAAAAAGCAAACAGUCUCAUUCUGAAAAAUAUCUCUCGAAAUUACACACAAAGAAGCUAGUAAAUUCUAAUCACGAGAUAAGAAACAAUUUCCGGGAGUUUAUCCGUCCAACAGUUCAGCAUUAUACGGUCAUACACUCUCAAAAACGUUACUAUUUCGCCUUUUCAGUCAACAUGACAAAACGAAAUUUCUCGAAAUGAGUGUUGCUCUUAAGGCUACUACGAGUUUGUUUACAACGGCUUAUAUACACUGAUCUAAGCCACACUACCAGAAGGACAGAGCUUUCCUACGACAGACAAUUAUUUAACAGGAUACAUCACACAGUUAUUACAACCAUUUGGAACUUUUUAUGGGUCUCUUCAGUCACAAAAUAAUAAUCCAAAAAGUAGCAAUUCAGUUUUCUGCAUAAUACUGCAAGUAUACAGAGAACUGCGAAAUAUUGCAUUAAGGUAAAAAAAUGUAAAAGUAAUGACAUAAAAUAGUCUUUCUGAAAAGAAAUAUUUCGAUUACACACAAUUUUGGCAAUGGUUUGACAAUUUAGUUUACAGGUGAAAUGGGUGAGCGACGGGAUUAAAUACAGACAGUACGGAAAUCCUUUAUGCUUUUUAAGUGUACUUGCUCAGCACAAUAUAAGUUGUUCCUGAGUCAUGGAAAGUGCCAUCAUCAACGGCUGUGAAUGUGUUCCUUCACGUCUCAUUAGAAAUUUUUCCUACUAACAGUUGUAUGACAGCAAUGUGUGUGUCUGUGUCGUAUCUGCAGGCUGUUAAAUGUUGUGAUGUUGAAUGUGGUGAUAUCUAAUCAUCAAUGAAGCAGGUCAAAUUAAAAAAAAAAAAACAUUGUUAUAAAUGAAAAACGUGUGUGCCCUACAUCGAGUCCAGCCUUGGACACUAGUUUAGCGGGUAGCUCCUCAGCUCCAAUCUGAUGGACACUAUUAUGACUGAAAGAACACCGAAGUGCAGAAGGAUUGACGGAAGCAGCACCACGCGUCAAAGAUUAACUUUACAUCGCUGAAGAACUUUCAAAUUGAACCACCAUAAGAGACUUCGGACAGUAAAUUUUUAUAAUGUAUUCAAAAUAUUUUUCAGAAGUUCUCAGUAAGAUCAAGUAGGGAGGAAUGUGUAUAUUUUUACCACUACCUUUCGUAUCACGCAAACGUGGCAGAACUUGCAGUAGACGUCGUGACAACUUUAUUUUUUUCGACCUGCUACACGUCACAACACUAAUCGUCACAAUGGACAGUUUUACACGUCGUUCAACUGCUCCACGUUCCCCCUGCGAUUAAUACCAUUCUAAAACUGACGCUCCGAAGAACUUAAUUUUGGCGGCCUUGAGAAGUAUUUUUGCUGUGGUAUUCUGGAAAACGCGCGGUCCUGGGCUGCUGUCCAAAGAACUCCAGGAGGAAUUGUUUAAAUUUGCUAUCUUAUCUCCGAGGUUAUUGUCAUUCAGAUUCAAGAUAUCCUCAAUAACCACUACUUCAGAUUUCCUAAAUGACGUAAGUGUUACCAUUUUACUCGCAUAUGCUGCACUCCUGGUUGUCUUUCUCGAGUGGAGCCAUCUACAUACCGUUUAGCACUUUUUUCGUUGAGUUUUUCUGGCCUGUGCUAAUAUUUGCGGUUUACAACGCUUACUUACUUUCACUGGUCGGGGAUACCAGCACUCCCUUUCUUUUUUGUCACAGCCCAUACAGGCAAUCAUCAGACUCCCUUUCGUCGCAGGAUGAUAAAAGAACGCCGCACUAACUUCACAUUACCUACUGAGGCACCUAUACAUUUAUGCAAAUGUCCUUGGACUGAAUGAGAGGUUCGCCUACUACAGUGAGAAAUCCUACAUCGACGUCACCUAUUUUGGAACGCACAAAGAAGGUGCAAUUUUUACGAACUUACAAAGGAGUUGACCACUAACAGGUGAGAUAGAAGCCUUGACCAUGCAAGGAAAAGCAUUAUACUUUGGUUUCUGAUUGAUCACUGCGUAUUAAUUUGAAGAACAAACUGAUCCGUAACAGGUAGGAAGGAAAAGAAUCGGCGUAACUGGCUCAAGCUGCAGAUACGGUAUCAGCCUGCAGAUACGAUACAACAGUCUAUAAAUCUAUUGAUCUCAUUUUGUACAAAUGUUUACACACAAUAUUUG